AUGGAGGACGCAGCGGUCGAGGAGGCGGAGGUGAGCGGCGCGGGCGAGUUCGCGCCGGCGCUCGUCGCCGCCCACCCGCUCGGCCACUCCGUCGCCGUCGCCGUCGGGCCCGAGCUCCGCGUGUUCGAUCUCAAGGGUGGUUGUGCAGUUUCGUUGUCAGAUGAUUCUGGCGGUUGUUCUCAUUCAGAUGCUAUUAGAGCAAUUUCGUUCAGUGUUGAUGGUGCCUUGUUCGCAUCUGCGGGCGAUGAUAAGCUUGUUAAGAUCUGGAAGACUGACUCGUGGCGCUGCAUCCAGACUAUAACUUCUGAAAAGAGGGUUAGCGCAGUUGCUAUUAGCAAAGAUGGCCUGUAUGUAACAUUUGCAGAUAAGUUUGGUGUCAUUUGGUUAGUUACUGUGGGGGAACAUGGCGGAGGGCAGGUGUCAUCUGAUGAUAACAAACCUGUCUCAAUUUAUGGUCACUACUGCAGUAUUAUUACUAGCAUGAAAUUCUCACCAGAUGGACGGUUCAUUGCCACUGCUGAUCGGGACUUCAAAAUUCGAGUUACAUCAUUCCCAAAGGAUCCUGUAAAAGGGGCUCCCCAAAUACAGAGCUUUUGCCUUGGACAUACAGAAUUCGUUUCUUCCAUUGCCUUCACAAGCCUUUCAGGAGGAUCAAGCUUUCUAUUAUCUGGAGGCGGUGAUUCAACUGUUCGGUUAUGGGACUACAUAAAUGGCUGCCUCCUUGAUACAUAUGAAGUCAAAGACAAGGUGGGAGAACAGCCAGAUGAAACUGAAGAUAGCAAUCUAGCCAUUGCAGACUUGUGUGUGACAAAUGAUGACUCACUGGUUGCUGUAGCUAUUCAAAGUUUGAAUGGCAUAAUGCUCUUAGCAUGCGAUCUCGUAGCAAAGAAGUUAUCUUUUCUAAAGGUGAUUACAACGGAAAAGAGCUACAUCCCCACUAGCUUAGCCUACAGCUCAUCCGAUGAUCUCCUGUGGACCGUCAUGGGCGCAUCAAACAUGCCUAACCAGGCCGCCUCCCAGUUAUUAACCCGUGUCAGAAUCAUCCCCCGGUUCCAAAAAGAUCUAUCAGCCUCGGCUGACCACGACCCUGCGGUCCUGGAGGACAGCGAAGUACCACAUGGCGAGAAGCUUCUGUUGGCGCUGCAGGGAAGCCUUGACGCCUCAAAGCAGGAGGAGGUGCUGGCCGCGGUGCUCGCCGCCCUCAGAGUGUCGAUGCACAAGAUGCUGGUGAAGAAGAACUACUCGGAGGAGAGGCGGGAGCAGCGGAAGAGGGGCCGGAAUGAUAAGAAGAUCAAGAAGUAG